AUGGCAGCAGCAGCCAUCGCAGAUACGCCACAGAUAUUUGUGUCGGAAAAUAGUGUCGUAAUAUUUGUGACAAUGUCGACUGGCAAUGUCGCUCUUUGCGACAACACGUUUCUAUCCAGAAAUUGCUAA